GCAGGGGCCUAUGUAUUUGAAGUUUUUCAACAACAUCUUAAGAGCAUGGCGUGGGGGGACUCUCCUUGUGAUUAUAUUCUCACUGUUGGGGGGAUUUUGCGCAAAAAAAGCCCGCCCGAGUCAGCUGCUAACUUCCCGCGAUGCCGGCUAGACGGUAUGUGCGCAAACUUGAGCACGAGAAUCCAACUGUGAGAGUGAUUCUGCGAGAGCGGCAGUGCUGAAGAGAGUCAAUAAGGGGGAAUUUUGGAGCAGUUCCACCAGUUCUCGUCAUUCGCAAUGAAACACGCUCCCCGAAAUAUACACAGGAGCUGCACAAGUGACGAAAAGAAGGAAAAUUCAGUGAAAAUCACAAGUUUUCGCACACAGAGGCCAUACAUUACAUAUUCAAAGUUAUUUCUUUUGGUGUAGAACGAUCGUGAGAGUUGCGAAAAUUCAUCCAAAGCGCCGAAUAAGUGUUAAAAAUGUAAUUUCUAGUGGUGCUAAAUGGUCACAUUUUGUUGGAAUUGCAAAAAGUUGUGUUUAAUUUUUGGCUAAAAAAAAUCUAUGAUCCAUCGAGGAGCUUUAUGGGAAAAACUUUUGAGGAAAAAACAAGAAAAUGUGUUGUGAGAAUUAAAUGGAGAAUCCUCAUUGGAAGUAUUUAGUGGAAAAAUCUUCAGGGUGUUGCCCAACAUUGUGAGUCAUUUUUCGCAAGGAAUUCCACCCCGAGCUUUUCCAACCCCACACAGAGCAUUCUAUUGUCUCUGUUUCAGGAACACGAACGAAGAGGAGAACCAACAAGAAUGACAAUGAUGAGAAAUUGAGGGAAACUCCAAAAGCAGUAAGAUUAAAUUGGAAUAGACUGACUUCAACGUUGAAUAUUUUGCAACAAAAUGAACAAAUUGAGAAAGAUUUCAAAACGCCAUAUCAUCUCUGUGAUUGUCGUCUGUGGGAUUUACUUCCUUCUUGUUCACAUCUUUGGCAAUCGGGACAAUUUUGGAGAUAAUCGCCAAAAAUUGGAACAAAUUGAAGAGAGUAUACAGUCGGACGAAAAUCAGGGACAAUGUCGUAUGCCAGAUUUGCCGCUCUAUUCGCCAGAGAUGAUGAACUUUUUGCAUGAUGAGCCACCUAUAGACUGCGGAGAGGAAGGUGAUGAUUGGGUGAAGUGUGAGAGAUCCACGUGCUUCAUACGACCAGCUGUGAUGGUGAGGAAAGGAAGGAUUCGCUGUGAUUUUUCUGAUAUUAUCCGCGUUGAUGACUUCCGCAUCGAGUUGGGUUCCCCAGUUAGCACGGAAGAGACCUAUAAGCUCACACGGUCGGACUUUGCACGUGUAAAAUGCCACAAAUUGGACAGAAGUGAACGUUGGCAUGGAACAGUACUCGGUGUGAGGGAUGGAGUUAAUGCAGGAAAUUAUGGGAUAAAUGGGAGGCUCAAUGUUCUCAUGUACGGCUAUGAUUCACUCAGUCGCAAUGCCUUUAUGCGAAAACUCCCAAAAUCCUUUGCAUAUCUCACUGAAGAUCUCCAUGGGGACGUUCUCAAGGGAUACAAUGUUGUUGGGGAUGGAACACCCCAGGCUCUCAUACCACUACUGACGGGAUUGACGGAACUAGAGCUGCCAGAAACACGAAAGAGGAUGAGAAAUUCGAAUUUUGUCAAUGUGUAUCCAAUGAUUUGGAAUGACUACCAGAAAGAAGGAUACGUGACUGCAUUUAAUGAGGAUGUACCAGAUAUUGGAACAUUUUCGUAUCGUCUCAAUGGAUUCGAUGAGCAGCCGACACAUCACUACAUGAGAACCUACUACUUGGCUAUCAAAGGGGAAUUAAACCAGUACAGAAAACUCUGUGUAGGCCAUCUACCACGUCACAGAACUAUGCUGGAAUACACGAAAGAAUUUAUGCUGAAGUACACAAAAACACCAAGAUUCGUCUUUAGUUUCCACGGUGAAUUGUCGCACGAUUCCAUCAACUUGGUGGGUGUUGCAGAUGAUGAUUUUACAGCAUGGCUAAAGGAGCUGCAUUCACGCAGUGUGCUCAAUAACACACUACUUAUUGUGAUGUCUGAUCAUGGGAAUCGUUUUGCUGAAGUGAGGAAUACUCUACAGGGAAAACAGGAGGAAAGACUACCUUUCUUUGCCUUUGUCUUCCCAGAAUGGUGGAAAAAUAAAUUUCCACAGGCCUAUAGCAAUUUCAAAGAGAAUACUCAGAGACUGGUGACUCCCUUUGAUGUUCACGCCACGUUGAAGGAUCUUUUGAAAUUGCAAACAGACGAUGCAAGAGCCUCCCGAAAUGAGCAUUCUCGAGGAAUUUCUCUUUUCGACCGCAUCCCGGAAACACGAUCAUGUGCUGAUGCGUGGAUUGAACCCCAUUGGUGUGCCUGCCUCAAUUGGCGCCCAAUAAAUGAUACUGCAACGGAUGUUGUUGUACGAGCAGCUGUGGCCGUUGUCGAUGCCAUCAACCAAUUUACGCACGAAUAUCGUGCACUAUGCAGCCACAUUACGCUCAGUGAGAUAAAUUGGGCAGCAAAACUUGCUCCACACGACAAUUUGCUGCGCUUCAAACAGAACAAAGACUUUGAUGGUUUCCUGGCGGACCUAUCGUCAACAACGCAAGUUUUCUCAGAAAUGUACCAAGUAAAGCUGACCACGAUCCCCGGAGGAGCAAUCUUUGAGGCCAGCGUGACACACGAUAUUGCAAUGCAUGCAUUCUCCGUGAGGAUGUCUGACAUUUCCCGCGUGAAUCAAUAUGGAGAUCAAGCGAGAUGUAUCAUGGAGACCCUGCCGGAACUGAGGAAGUACUGCUACUGCCAUACACUGUAAAAUCAUCAAUCAUGCUGCGUAUUUCCUUGCAUUCUAGUCGAAUUUCAUAACAAAACUAAUGACCAAAGAAAUUGUGAACCCACUUCCCUUCUUUAUACAUACCAAAUGCUGACUUUUCGACUCCCAACGCCUUGAAAUAUCCCCCCGUCUAAAAGAAAAAAUUGCAUUCCUCCCUGUAUGUAUAAUAUAUCCCUUAUGAAGAGGGUAUUCAAGAAGAGGGUAUUCAUAUGUCAAAGAAUACAUACCCCCCAUGUUACGCAUCACCUAAAAACCAUAUCUAUAAAUGAAAAGAAAAUCAUUCUCAUAAACAAUGUUGCUCAAAGCCAUUGAACUGUGUAUAGCUGUGGUGUUUUGAAGAAAGAAAGAAAGUCUUUCUUGGACACAA